AUGCUUCUUUCAGUCCCAAGUAAGGUGCUGACAAGAAUCAUCCUAGAGAGACUUAGAGAUGCCUUGGACAAAAAGUUGAGACAAGAACAAGCUGGUUUUCGUCAAGACAGGUCAUGUACUGACCACAUUGCCACGCUGCGCAUCAUUAUCGAACAGUCUCUUGAGUGGCAAUCCCCCUUAUACAUGAAUUUUGUCGACUUUGAAAAGGCGUUUGACAGUGUGAAUAGAGAUGUCAUCUGGAAGUUAAUGAGCCACUAUGGAAUACCCAACAAAUGUAUAUCUAUCACUCAGAAACUAUAUGAAGACUCCACCAGUCAAGUAAUACACAAGGCGGCUUUACUAGUCGACGAGCUGGAUUAUUAUAUGAAAACAAAUUACUGGAUCUAG